AUGGGAAAGGCAAGGGUAGCUAGCCCCUUGAAGGACGUUUCAGUACCCCGCCUAGAGCUUAGUGCAGCUGUACUAGCCGUAAGACUUGGAACCACAAUUCUGGCCAUGAUAGAUUUCAAGGUGGACGAGGUAUAUUAUUGGACAGAUUCAACAACGGUCUUGCGUUAUAUUCGGAAUGAUCAAGCUCGGUACCAAACAUUUAUAGCGAACCGAGUCUCUAUGAUAAGGGAAGGAAGUGAUCAGAAUGAGUGGAGGUACGUUAACUCUGAAUGGAACCCGGCAGACGAUGCAUCACGCUCCAAGCAGUCUGAAAGGUGGAGAAGGGCAGGGCCAGGUUUUUUGCUGAAGGGAGGAGUGUUUUUGGCCAGCAGAGCCAGCCCACAUGUCCAACAGUGUGGAAGGACUAGAAGUUAG